AUGGUCGUCUAUCGCGACGACAAGAGCCUCCCGCUCUGGGAGGCCGCCGGCCAGCUCCCCACCUACGAGACCGCCGCCUCCUCGACGGGCAUCGACGCUCGCCGUCGCCCCAUGGCGGGUCGCAUCCUGCUCAAGACGACGUUUGUCGCGCUCCUCGGCUUCCUUAGCCUUGCAUCGCUCGUCUCGUUCCACUCGUCCUCGAGCCUCGACGGCGGAUACCGCCCCACGGCCAAUCCGCACCUCCAGGAGGUCUUUGCCCGCUCCCUCGACCGAUGCAGGCAGGUCGCCGCGCCCGCCGGUCCGCCGCCGGGCUUCCACGACCGCACCGUCAGCGACCGCUUCGAAAAGGGCACCCGCGACAUUCUCGUCCGCAACGCCACCAUCUGGACCGGCGAGGAUGACGGCACCCAGGUGCUCGAGGGAUACGACGUCCACGUCAGCAAGGGCAUCAUCCAGAAGAUCGAAAAGACCAGCCACGCCGCCGAUCGCCAGCACGCCGACAAGGACGUCGAGGUCAUCGAUGCCGCCGGACGCUGGCUCACGCCCGGCCUGGUCGACAUGCACGUCCACCUCGCCAUCAGCAACACGCCCAGCCUCAGCGCCACCGAGGACACCAACUCGAUCGGCGCAAACAUCAACCCGUGGCUGCGGACCGCGGACGCCAUGAACCAGCAGGACACGGCGUUCCGCACGUCGAUCGCCGGCGGCGUCGUCGCCGGCCUCGUCCUGCCCGGCUCGGCCAACAGCAUGGGCGGCCAGGCUUUCCCCAUCAAGUACCGCCCCGUCUCGACACACAUCCCCUCGGACCGGAUCAUCGACCCUCCGACGUCGCUCACCCGCCUCGGUCCGGCCCGCAGCAACUCGUCAUCGCUGAGCGCGGCCGACACCGAGAGGGAGCUCUUGCAGACGGGCAUGGCGCGCAACGACAGCAGCUCGAGCUUCCGCCACAUGAAGAUGGCCUACGGCGAGAACCCGCGCCGCGUCUACUCCAAGACGCGCAUGGACGAGGCGUGGGACAUGCGCCAGAUCUUUGACGAGGCCACGACGCUCAAGAACCAGCAGGACGCCUUCUGUGCCAAGGCCCAGUCGUUUGCGGCGCUCCACGGCGCCGACGCCGCGCCCAUGGCCGAGGCCGACGCCACCUUCCCGGACAGCCUCCGCCUCGAGGCGCUCGUCGACCUGCUCCGCGGCAAGCUGCUGCUCAACACGCACAUCUACACGUCGGCCGACUUUGACGCCAUGAUCCGCCACUCGCACGAGUGGAAGUUCCCCAUCGCCUCGUUCCACCACGCCCAGUCGGCCUACCUCAUCCCCGAACUGCUGCGCAAGACCUACGGCAACUCGACGCCCGCCAUCAGCAUCUUCCAGGCCAAUCACUACUACAAGCAGGAGAGCUACGCCGGCACGCCGCUGGCGGGGGCCAUCCUGGACUCGUACGGCAUCGUCCCCAUCUACAAGAGCGACCACCCCGUCACCGACUCGCGCCGCAUCCUCAACCAGGCGGCGCAGGCGCACCACUUUGGCCUGCGGGAGUCGGUCGCGAUGCGCUCCGUCAUCACGGCGCCGGCCGAGAAGCUCGGCCUGGGCCACCGCCUCGGCUACGUGCGCAAGGGCUGGGACGCCGACCUCGUCAUCUGGAACAACCACCCGCUCGCCAUCGGCGCCACGCCCGCCGAGGUCGUCGUCGACGGCAUCCCGCAGCUCGGCCGCGACGCCCACGUCCCCGCGCCCUUCUUCCCCGAGGACGCCGAGCGGCGCGGACGCAAGGCCGCCCCGCCCGCCCCCGCCUCGGCCAACUACACCGAGGCCAUCGAGCGCGUCAAGGCGUCGACCGAGGCCAUCCUCACCUACCAGACCGAUCCGUUCCCCACGGCGCGCGAGGCCGUCGCCGGAUGCACCGUCCUGCGCAACGUGUCCAAGGUCUACUCGAAGGCCAAGGCGGGCCAGGACGGCGCGAGCAGGUACACGUCGAUCCAGGCCGUCGAUCUCGGUUCGGGCGGCGGCGUCGUCGUCGUCGAGGGCGGCAAGGUCACCUGCCAGGGCCACGGCGACGACUGCGCGUCGGCCUGCGCGUCGCCCGCCUCGGAGCUCGACAUUCGCGGCGGCGUCGAGGAAGAGGUGGCCGUCCACGUCACCCUCAACCACAACAGCAACGCCCCCAGCGUCUCGGAGCAGAUCGCCUGGAUCCGCCAGCUCCUCUCGGGCCUCCCCGCCGGUGCCGCCCCGGCCGACGCCUCGGCCGCCGCCGUGUGGGCCAAGGUGGCGCGCGGCGAGCUGCCCCUCGUCGUCACGGCGCUCAAGGCGUCGCAAAUCGCCACCCUCCUCAAGCUGGCCGACUCGUUCCCCUCGCUCCGCCUCGUCCUGUCCGGAGCGACCGAGGCCCACCUCGUCGCCGCCGACCUCGCCAAGCGCAAGGUACCCGUCAUCCUCAUCCCGCAGACCUGGCCCCGCACCUGGGACGAGCUGCAGGGCCUCGUCGGCCCCCCGCUCACCGCAUCCACCACGCUCAGCGCGCUCCUCGACGCCGGCGUCAAGGUCGCGCUCAAGAUCGAGGAGGGCUGGCAGGCCUCGACGCUCCUCUUUGACUCGAUCCGCGCCGCCCUCGAGACCGACGGCAAGGUCGACAAGAGGGACGCCCUCGGCCUCGUCUCGUCGGCCGUCGAAGACGUGCUCGGCCUCCAGCCCGAGGACAGCAUCGUCGUCUGGGACGGAGAGCCGUUCGAGUACGGCGUCAAGGCCGUCGCUGUCGCCGGCCACAACGGCCUCGAGAUGAUCGUCUAA